AUGGAAUCGCAACCUUCAAAUUCACAACGAUGCAAUUUCAAUGGUAUGAUGGCACAAGGUGGAUCGAAACGGUUCAUCAUCAUCGGAAGUGGCCCAACGGCAAUCGGAGCGGCAUAUCGCUUGCACGAACUUAUUGAAGAAGCUCAUUUGCCGAAAUCAACUGAAGCGUACAUGCGGCAUGUGAUAAACGACGACGAAAACAUUGAGGCGAAUUACGUCCCAUACCCAGUUCAGGAUUCCAUUCCUUAUUUCCCAGCUGAAAUUAAAAGAAGAUGCCUCGAAGAAAUUUGUUCCGCAUCCAAAUGCACUAAGAUUGCCUCAAAUUUCGAUGAAUUUACGCUGAACACCUUCGGACCAACACUCCAGGCAAUUUUUAUUCGGCCAUACAAUGAGAAGGUAUGGACUGUUCCGCUGAGUGAGAUGAACACCGUUUGGGUGGAGAACCGUAUUCCACGCACCAGCAUUGAAGACUUGAAGAGACGUUGUGGACUAAGUCGCGAGGAGCUAAUAGACGAAGAGAACAGGAAAGCGGUGUCGAUGUUCAGACCACGCAGGAGUGUUGGUCUUCAGUUCCACGUGAGUGUCGUCACACGGUGGCAGGUGUUCAAGACCUUCUCCGACAUGAAGACUGGUUUCUUCGAUGCGUUUAUGUUUACCAUUUCUGUUAUAACAGGAAAAAUCACAGGUAUUUUCAAAGCAGCUAACAUCGCCAUCAUUGCACAGGUCGUCCUCGUCGGCAUAGGAAUGCGACGACCACAGCCAAAAUUCACAGAGAAACUUUCGUGGCUGUAUUUUCCCCAACCACAUGUUAUAUUUUACAGGUGUACAUUUAUGUCAAAUUUUAAUGAGCACCUGACUCCCAAUGCCGCACUUUUCUGGUCAGUUCUGGUAGAAAUCGGUAUGAAAGUCGACGAGCCCGUAAAUGAACCGGCAAUUCUUGAAUCCGCAAUUAAUGAUCUCAUUGAACAUGGAAUCAUCUACACAACCUGCAUAAUUGAGUCGAAAUGGAUUUAUGUGCUUCCGUACGGCUACCCUAUCCCAACCCUGGAUCGAGAUAUUGAACUUAAAAAAGCUCAUCGUAAACUUGAGAAAGAGAACAUCUAUUCUCGUGGAAGUUUUGAUCAGAAUAGUGCAGCGCAGCAAAUUCAUCAACGUGAAAAUAGGUUCGGCAGUUGGCGCUACGAGGCUGCAAAUCAGGACCACAGUUUCACGAUGGGUGCACAGGUCGUCGAUAAGAUCGUGUUUGGUUCCAAGGAGAACGUUUAG